CUGUUGCAUGCGUUUAUCGCCGCCUUUUUCCCCUGACAUCAGCCUUUGGAGAUUCGGUGGGUCCGUGUGCGCAGUAUGAACAGUUGGUUCUGCGAGGGGAGUGCAUGCGUACAAGCUACAGCCCUGAACUUAAACGGGCUUCAUCUGGAGCCGCCGCUUCAGUACUCCUCUGCCUCCUCCUGCAGCCCAGAUCUCCGUCGGACUUCACCGUAUCCCACCCCGAUUGGACAUACGGCUUGCUUUCCGUAUGCAUCUGGAAUUACCCCCACGUCUUUCCUUGAUGGAUUUAAAAACCGCGUGCAAUGCAAUGCAAGAGGGUCUAAAACUAUAGUUUGCUUUUAUUACAUGAUUUAUUUUUUUGCGCAAACGAUGGGAUUAAAGCAUCUGAAGAAAGUUGGAUUUUGCGAAAGCGACACUGUGUGCCGGCUUCCUAGGAUGGAAAGAUACAGCUGCUCCCGCAAAUAGAGAAGGCGCUCAUAGCUGAACCGACAGCCGAGAGGGGAGAUGCAGGGAGCCUGGGUUUUCCUCAUUCUGGUUGAACAAGGCUUUGCACUUGCACAGAAAACUAAAGAGUUGCAGAAUGGCGACCAGACGUCUAAAACUUCAGGGCAGUGUGGAACCUGGAUACGAAAUGCAAACGGGGGCCUCUUCACCUCCCCGAACUACCCCAACAUGUACCCCCCAAACAAGGAAUGUGUUUACAUCCUGGAAGCAAUGCCCCGCCAGAGGAUCGAGCUUGUCUUCGACAGCACCUACUACAUCGAGCCGUCCUUCGAGUGCCGAUUUGACCACAUUGAAGUCCGCGAUGGCCCAUUCGGUUUCUCGCCACUCAUUGACCGCUUCUGUGGACCACGGAGUCCAGGUGUGGUGCGUUCCACGGGCCGCUUCAUGUGGAUCAAGUUCACCAGCGACGAGGAGCUAGAGGGGCUGGGAUUUCGGGUCAAGUACACCUUUACAGCAGACCCGGAUUUUCAUCUCCACAUGGGGGGAAUUUUAAAUCCUAUUCCAGAUUGUCAGUUUGAGAUCGACGGCCCGGAUGGAAUGAUCCGCUCCAGCCAGGUAGAGGAGGAGGAGAAGAUUAAGUCUGGCGAUGCGUUGGACUGCAUCUGGACAAUUCGUGCGCCUCCGAAUUCCAAGAUCUACCUGCGCUUCCUGGAGUACCAGAUGGAACAUUCCAACGAGUGCAAGAAGAACUUUGUGGCGGUGUACGACGGCAGCAGCUCUAUCGAGAACCUGAAGUCCAAGUUCUGCAGCACCGUGGCCAGCGACGUCAUGCUCGACAAUGGAGUGGGCGUGGUCCGCAUGUGGGCGGACGAGAACAGCCGGCUCAGCCGCUUCCGGAUGCUCUUCACCUCCUUCGUGGACCCCCCCUGUACAGGAAACACCUUCUUCUGCCAUAGCAACAUGUGCAUCAACAGCUCUCUGGUUUGCAAUGGCAUUCAGAACUGUGUGUACCCUUGGGACGAGAACCACUGCAAGGAAAAGACGGCCAAAGGUCUGUUCCACCAGAUCACGAAGGCCCACGGCACUGUUAUCGGCGUCUCCACUGGCGUGGUCCUGGUCCUGCUCGUCAUCUCCAUCCUGGUACAGAUGAAGCAGCCACGCAAGAAAGUGGUGGCGCGCAAGUCCGUCUUCAACAAGGCGGGCUUCCAGGAGGUCUUUGACCCCCCCCACUACGAGCUCUUCUCCCUGCGGGACAAGGAGAUCUCCUCGGACCUGGCCGAGCUGUCGGAGGAGCUGGAGAGCUACCACAAGCUGCGGAGGUCCUCUACCGUCUCGCGCUGCAUCCACGAGCACCACUGCGGCUCGCAGCCGCCAGGCGUCAAGCAGGGCCGCACCAACCUGGGCUCCAUGGAGCUGCCGUACCGCAAUGACUUUUCCCAGCCGCCGCCCAUGAAGACUUUCAACAGCAGCUACAAGAAGAGCUGCUAUGGCUACAAGCAGGGCCACGACUGCGCCGAGCAGGUCAUCGAGGACCGCGUCAUGGAGGAAAUCCCCUGCGAGAUCUACGUGCGCGGCGCCAGCGCCACCCGCAACAACAGCGACGCAGUCCAGUCACGCUCCCUUUCCAUGGACUUCUGAG